AUGACAUCCAUGGCAGCCGAGUCGGUGGCCACGAUUCUCUGCACGGCCAAGCAGACUCGCUUCAACAUCGACAGCUCCAGCUACCGCGAGCUCGACAUCGAUGGUCUCACCAUCGUCGUUACGUCCGGCGAAAAGGCAGACAAGCCCGAAAAAGCUGCUGGCAAAUCCAAAGGCAAAUCAAAAUCAGACGGCCUCGAGAUCUUGUCCAAUGCCAAGCUGCGAUUGAAAGAAGGCCAGCGCUACGCCUUGGUGGGCCGCAAUGGCACGGGGAAGUCGACAUUGCUCAAGGCUAUUGCUCAGAAGCUCAUUCCCGGGAUUCAAGAGGGCUCCAGGAUUGCCAUUUUGCAGCAGACGAAGCUCACAGAGUCCGAUGAUGAUGACAAGACGAGGACGGAGAAAAGUGGCCAGGGAACUGUGCUGCAAGAAGUCAUUGAGCGUGCCACUGCCCGAAGCGCGAUUGAGCAGGAAAUCAAAGUUCUCUCGGAGGGCGUUGAUGCCGCGGAUCCAUACGCUCCUAUUCGGGCUUUGAGAGGUUUGAAGCAUGAGAAGCUUCAGAAGCGCCACUUUCUGGUAGACAAAGAGGCUAGGCUACGAAGCGGUGCUCGAGGGCUGCAGGCGAGGAAAGCUCUCGUGGCAUUUGAGAAGGUCGUUGCGGACUCACAAGCCUUGCUCGAACAGCCCGACGACGAAAUCUCGGCCGAAGCUCUUCAAGUGGAGACCCAAGAGGCAGCCGACAUGCUGGCAGAUUUGCAGAUCCAAGUUGAGCCCUCAAGACUGGCCCAGAUUGAAGUCCAAGCCCGAAACAUUCUCACGGGUCUUGGCUUCACCGAGGCAUACGUGGAAAAGCCCCUGUCCAGCCUUUCUGGAGGCUGGCACAUGCGGGCUUCACUUGCAUCGGCUCUGCUGCAGGAGGCCGAUAUUCUGAUUCUGGACGAACCCACCAAUUUCUUAGAUCUGUUGGGAAUUGUCUGGCUACAGCGCUACUUGCAGGCUCUGGCAGAUACAGAGAAGCCUCCUACACUGAUUCUCGUUUCUCACGAUCGCGACUUUAUCUCGCUCUGUACGGAUCUUCUCAUCUUGAAGGAUAAGCAGCUUACUUACUUCCACGGCGACAUUCAAACAUACGAACGUUCGCAGUCCGAGCGAAGGCAGUGGCUCAUCAAGAUGAAGGAGGCCCAAGACAAGCAGAAAGCCCACAUGGAGAAGACCAUUGCGCAGAAUCUCAAGGCUGGCAAAGCCAAUGAUGACCAGAACAAGAUUCGCCAGGCAAAGUCUCGGCAGAAAAAGCUCGAUGACCGCUGGGGAAUGCAAGUCAGCGCCAAGGGCACUCGAUUCAAGCUGAAUAGGGAUCUCGUCGGGUUCUUUCUUACCAGCCGAGAGGGAAUUGAGAUUCCGCCAGAGCAGCGACCCGUCAUAAUUUCGUUACCCGAACCUCCUGAGCUGAGGUUUCCUGGAUCCCUCAUCUCGCUGGACAAGGCGUCGUACCGAUAUUCAUCCAAAUCUCCAAUGAUUCUUCAGGAUGUCACCCUCACGGUGAGUAUGGGCGAUCGUAUUGGUAUUCUCGGCCUGAACGGUGCUGGUAAAUCGACACUUAUCAAACUCCUUGUUGAAGAGUCGUCGCCAACGUCCGGUACGCUCACGACGCACCCGCGCCUCAGAAUGGGCUAUUACUCCCAACAUGCCGUCGAAGAGUUAAAGGCUGUUGGUCGCGCUGAGCAUGGACUGACUUCACUUGCUCUCCUGACCAAGGAGGUUGACGGCGCGCUCAAUGAAGGAGAGAUACGUGGCUUGCUGGGCACACUUGGUCUCCCUGGCCGGCUCGCAUCGGAUGUGCCCAUUUCCAAGUUAUCUGGUGGCCAGCUGGUGCGAUGCCAGCUGGCCAGAUUGUUCUGGAAACACCCGCAGUGCCUUGUACUCGACGAAGUCACCACCCACCUCGACUACGAGACAGUGACUGCGCUGCGAGAGGCGUUGAACGAAUGGGAGGGCGCUGUUGUGCUGGUGAGCCACGACAGAUGGUUUAUGCGCGGGGCCAUAGAGGGCCAGGUCGACGACGCGGGAGACGACGAAGACGAUGAUGAAGAAGAAGGGGAAGAAGAAACGAAGCGGAGGAGAAUCGUCUAUCGACUUAAAGGUGGAGGAAUCACAGAGCUGAAAGACGGCGUUGAUGGGUUUUCACGCGUCAUAGAGAAGAGGGCGAGGAAAAUGAUGGAAGGUCUAUGA